UGCGAGUUAACAAAUCCCCCCAAGAGCUUGAACAUAUUUUGCGGGAGGACAUUCUUGGGGUUAGCUUUCCUCGAAGGUUCUUAAAAAAUACUGAAUAGCUAUUUGUCUUGGUUUUAGUUUCCAGACAGGUAGCUGGCUUUGGGUCUUCUUGUUUGGUUUUUUUUUCCGGGGUGCCUUUAUGGGGCUUGCCUUCCCCUGUCUGUUGCUGUUAGUAAGGGACUUGUUGUUUGGGGGUUGAAUUUGUAUCGGUUUCUGGCUUUUGCCUCCCUGUCUUAAAAAAAAAAUUGUGUGUUUUGCUCCCUUUAGUUGUCGUGCUUUGGUGCUGCAUUCUCCCUCUUAGGUAGUAGCCUGUUUACUUUUGAAAUUUCUUCUUUGUUGUGAUUCUGAUCUUCAUUAUGUCCCGUCUCUGUGUAUGCAGUUGCUGCUUUCAUUCUGAUUCUUUCUUGCGGAAGUGAAGAUCAUGGAUCGAACUGGGUAAUAUGCAUCAUCUCUUUCAAACGUGUUUAGUCCUCAUCUCUUUUUUUAUUGUAUGUUUUUCCUCUCUUAUGACAGCUUUUUCUUUGGCCAUUUAAUAUAGGGAUAAGGGCUAUCAAAAUUUCCUGAAGGAUGCUGCGAAUAUAUCAGGACCCAAGAGUAGCAUUACUGGAUCUUUUUCAAAGGCUGGGGUUGGUCGUCUCUUUUUUUUUUUUUGUAAUUAUUAUAUUAUAUGUAAAGGUGUUAAAAUUGUCCCCCUGCAUAUUGUUCUUAGUUUGCAAAGUUGGGCUGUAAUUAAUAAUGGGCUCUGUUGGGCUGUAAUUUAUCAUUGCAUCUGUUGGGCUGUAAAUUAUUAUGUGCUCGCUUGGCUCUAAGGCCCAUUUGCACUUUGUUCUUUUUUUGGUGAAAACUUUUGGGUUUUGUCUUGACUCUGCAGCAAGAAUACAGAUUGCAAUGAGUUCCUAUAUACAAUUAAUCACAUUUUCUUUAUUAGACAUUGUUUUUAGCUUUAUAUAAUUAAAUAAUUGCAAUAAUGUAAUGAACUUAUUGACUAUUUCAACAUUUUUUGUUGUCGACAGUAUCGUUGUACCAACCCUAUACAAAAGAAGCUUUUUUCGAGAGAAACGGCCAAGUCUCCUAUGACACCGAGCACAUAUGUCAUUGUUAUUGAUGACGAUGAUGAUGAUUUGUUGGGAGGAACGGUUAAGUCUCCUGUGACACCGAGUUCUGAAGCAUUAUUAUUGACGAUGAUGAUGACGAGCCUUAUUUUGAAAGAAAAAAGAGAAUUAAAUCUUUCAGGACCUCUACCAAGGAAAAGGUAUUUUUUUACUAGAAUAGUUUUGUAUACUAUUAAUAAGCAUAGAAACUCUCUAAUAUUUUAGUUUUGCAUGGCAGUUUGUGAUGCAAUUUCCUAUCACCAAGUACAUGAAGUUAACUUUAGAAGAGGUUAAUAUGGCAUACUAUAUCUUUGCAAAAGAUCUUGAUGGUCGGAAUAUAUUGGUAAAAAAUGGUUCCCAUUUUUGUACUCGUCUGUCGCUGUGGAGCUUGUUGCCUAACAAAUGGGUACAAGAUGAUGUAAGUGUUGGUUUUAUUUACAAAAUUAGUUCACAUUAUUCAUUUAUAUAUAGUAGUCACAUUGUUUGUUGUUGUGUUGAAGGUUAUAACAAGUUGUGCAUAUUAUCUCAACCUAUCUGAGAUGUAUGAAGAACGACGUGGAACCCCGUUUCGGUUGUGCUUCCUCCCUACCCAAAUGCAGGUAAUGAAAAUAUGGAACACUAACACUCACAUUUUUGUGCAUAUUAAAAACAUGCACUAAUCUUUGUUUCAAUAUGAUCCAAUAGGUGGGAGUGGAGAAGUAUGGUUAUAGUCCUGAAAAGUUAUUAAAUAAUUAUCGUUCUAGCUUCUUGCGUAAUGCCUAUGGAUCCAAGAAGGUAGACAUUUAACGAAUAUCUCAUACCUAUUUUUUUUUUUUUUGUAUAUUUUGUUUAAGGAUGAUGAUCUUCAUGUUGAUAUUUGGCAGGUCUAUCUACCAUUGAAUUAUGGCACUCAUUGGUAUUUGGCAGUGGUAUUGACAGAAUCAAAACAAGUACAUCUGGUUGACUCAGCACCUAUGACAGACCGCAAUGGAAAUCGUAUGAAAGUUGUAGGACGCAUGGUAAGUACACUGUUGAACAUUUGCCAUCAGUUUGUUUCGUAAUCAAACUUAUUUUAGUUAAGUACGUUUCAUUAUUUAUGCAGAUGGCAUUUUUACAUGAUUUAUUUGAAAAGCUAUACUAUGAGCUAGAGAAGAUGAAUGAAGCGCCAAACAUCCGCAAUUUUCAGUUGAUCAUUCCUGAUAAGGUUCCUAUACAAGAAAACGGGUAAAUGAUAUGGAUAUUGUCUAAGAUUAUUUUAAAGCAUUUGAUUAUUAAUAAACUUACAUAAUAGCUAUUUGUAUUAGAUUUGAUUGUGGCAUGUGGGUUUGCUUAUGGAUGAUGUACUCAGAUGCCAUGAAUGGAUACUGUGUUGGGGUAAGGAAGCAUACACUUAAUUUUUAUUAGUUCAAUCACAAUAGGAUCUCUUGUAUUUUUCCUUGUAUUAACAAAAAAAAAUUUACACAGCCAUGUAACGAGGUGGACCGAAUGAUGUUGGCACUAAAGUUGGUGGGCUGGCCGCAAAAUUCGAAGUUGGAGAAAAUCCAUCGUCAUGCUCUUGAACACUCAUCUAUGUGUAAAGACAUGAUCCGCAAAGACAUGGUACUCAUGCAUGGAGAUGCCAGAAUUUGAAGCUGAAACUUUUUGUCACCAGUUUGAAGUUGGAAAGCAGAUUGGAUCGCUGUUAGGAUUAUUUGAGUCAAGUUGAAUUAUUUGCAUUUAAACUGGUUUGUUUGAAUUAUUCGAGUCAAGUUUGGAUUAUUUGAGGUUAAACUGGAUUGUUUGAGUUAUUGAUUUGAGAAAAAGAGGUUUAUUUGCUUAGCAUCAUAUCACAGAUUGAUUUUUUGGUGGAAAAAUAUUAAGAGGCGAGACCGAGUCGAGCGACUUGCCAUAUAGGCCAACCUGGUAGGACGUCAGGUCUCUAUAGCCUUUGUUCAGGCCGUGUAACAUAACGGGGCCUUCAACUCCAGUGUUCCACGUCUCGAAUCGAGGUCCAACAUUAUGAAAAAAUCAUCAUGAAAAUGAUGACUCAUCUAAAUGGAAUAUCACUCAUAAAACCCCUUCUAUCCCAGUCUUUAAAUUAUUACCUCAAACAUCAAAGAGUCCUUGGUUUUCUGCCAUGUAAAGAAUGUUCAGUUGGAUCUAAGCAAUGAAAAUAUAGAAACAGAAGGAUCCUAUCUUGCCCUAACCCAAACUUCGCUUGAUAUUCUAUAUUUCUACAUGUACUCCACUGUUCUCUUAUUCUAAUAGCUUUGGCAGGGUAAGUCUUUAAUCCGUUGAAGCACUCAAAGCUGAAGAACUGAAAGCUAAGGCAGCUGCUGGUCCAAAACCCUUGGGGACAAAUGGAUUACUCAAAGAAAGACUAGCAGAUGUAGAUGAAGGACCAAAUGGGUUUGACUGUGCUGUUGGCGGCCUAAAACUUAUUGGGCCAGGUUGUUGACCAGAGGGAAGCGCCCCACCUGCAAUACAUAGGAUUUAUAAGCAAGAUACAGCAAUUGACUCCAAGUAACACCAGCAAAUUCUACUAGUAAUCACCUUUGUCUCCAGAUUGAUAAUCCUCCCAUCUUAACUCCUCGUGGCUUUUCUCUUUGUAGACAGGCACAGCUGAUAUUGACUCUAACUUCUCAGGCUGCCCUCGUGUGGCUUCUGUGUCAGCAGUUCCUAUAUAGGGCACUGCCCUACUUCCUCCUCGCUGUGUACCAACUGGUGCUUGUCCAAAGCCUGAGCUUGCAAAGCUUGGUGUUGACGGCAGGGACCCUGAUGAUGUAAAAGGGGGAAGGCAAGAUAACUGCCUGGGUUCAAAAGGUACAGUUACAAACUUAAUUACAGCCAAAAACUAAGGGAGUAAAGCAAGAUCACAGUCUCAUGCAUCGAUCUAAACACAUUACUUACCCUCGACUGUUUUCUUUCUUGGUUUUGAAGGUUUCUGGAUGCGAAAGAAGUCGACAAUUUUGGUCUGGACCAGAGGAAAUGCUGUUCCAAACCAAUCAACAAACAUGCACAAGUAGCAUCAGACCCAUAACAACAAGUUUAGAACUUUUUCUUCAAUUCUUCGCAUAAAAAAUUUUACUUGAAGUCCACCUAUUGAGCAAACCAAAUGAACAGCAAUCUCGUAGCUCGGUGAUUAUAUUAAAAUAAAGCCCCCAUCUUUCUUUUGGGUCUAGCUGUGCAGCCUAGUCAAUGGCAGGCAAACUAGUUACGGUGACCUUCUCAGGAUUCAGAUUCAACAUGCAGAGCAAAACCCACUUGCCUUGUAAGCUACCUGAUUUUUCACCUAGGCAACAUAAGUUACAUAACUUACUAAAUCCCUCGCCAUUGAGACAAAGGAACCAAACGAUUCGAGUGAAAAUUGAUGCUAGCACUGCACACAUUGCAGCUGUACUGGAUCAAUACCCAAUACCCACAAGAAUAUUUCAAUUCCCGGGUACGAUACCAAAGCAGACAGUGCAAAAUCAUUCGACCAACAUCAGUACUACAAGGGCGGAAUGCUAAAGGAGGAACAGGAAGCGUUCUGGAACCUCUUCUGGUUAGAGCAAGAAGGGCAGAACCAGGAGCCUUUUGGGACGGAAAUGAGAAUGGAAUGCUUGCUUUACUGGUAGUUUAACAUUCAAUGCAAUAACCUAGGUUCGAACUCUAAAAAGGGAAUAAAGGCAAACUAAAUCUAAACUGGAUCUGGAAACUAAUGAGAGAGCUUUUCUAAAACUUUCCCCAAAUAAACUAAGUAUUUUUGGUAUUCUGCCCCCACAACCUAACCAUCUUAAUUACCCUUUAAGUAGCUUCCUGCGGGAGUUCUGUCAACAAUUCCCCCCAACCUUUUGCAGCUGCCUCCUGUCUAAGAGAAUCAGUCCAGGCGCCCACAUGGAAGAGGAUGGAAAUCAGCAUGCGGCAGGCGAUGGUCUGACUAGCGAAAGAGAAGAAAAACGAAACCAGUCAGCCGAAGAAGAAGGUAUUGUCGAGGAGAAUGGAGAUAAAAAUGCAGAAUCUGAUAUUGAACCUGACGAUAAAAUCAUCGAAGAUGAAGAGACUGAAGUUCUGAAAAAUCUUAAGGCCGAGGACGUUAUUGGUCGAAAGUUCAACAGUACUGAGGAGGCUUACGAUUUCUACAAUAAGUAUGCAAGAGCUUGGGGUUUUUCGGUGAGACGUGAGAAGAAGACUGAAACAAAAAAGGGGGAAACAACUUCUCGACUUUUUGUCUGUUCUUGUGUGGGGACAAAACGCAAAAGUAAAGACGAGCUACAACGACCUUCACGAUUAAAUACAAGAUUUCAGUGUAAAGCUAGGCUGCGUGUUCAGCUGGACAAGUCAGAUUCAAAGUACAUUGUUGACACUUUCUACAUCGACCAUACCCAUAAUCCGAUUCGUCAAAAGUUGGUGCAUCAUAUGAGAUCACAUCGAGGCUUAGAUGAAGCGACUAAAGCUAAAGUUAGAUACCAACGUGAUGCAGGUAUGAAAACCGCUGACAUCAUGAAUCAGCAUGUGCACCAGGCUGGAGGCUAUGACAAAGUGGGACACACCAAAAAAGAUUUACAUAAUUUUGCCUCUAAAGAUCGUGGGGAAAGGAUCAGCGAGGGAGAUGCUGCCACGGCACUCGCAUACCUUAAGUCUAAAAUCAGCGGAGACAACCACUUCGUUUUGGAACCUAUUUUUGGUGAAGAUAAGCGACUUCAUAGCAUAUUUUGGGCAGACAGCAUGAGCGUAGCAGAUAUGGCGUGCUUUGGAGAUUUGCUAGCAUUUGACAGCACGUACAAGAAGAAUGUUUAUAACAUGCCUCUAGUUGUUUUCUCAGGUGCACAUUUCUACCUUAUCGUUACUACAUUCAUUGAUGCAAAUUAUCGUUCUGCUCUAUUUUUGGUACAUCUGUUGUACUUAAUUUGCUGUCUAUUAAAAUAUGCAAUUGGAUUCUAGGUUUUUAAUGUACAAGCAAAACUAAGUCUUUUGCUACUGUAGUAAAGUAUGACAGUGCAGAAUUUUUUCUCAAAACCAGCUACUUUCAACAAAAUUUCAGUAGCUUUCGCUAAAAACACUUAGCUUUUGUUCAAGUUUUGUAAUAAUUUGCUCGCUAAUUUGUUUCCCUAGUCCGACCAAUAUGUUUGCUCACAAAUAAUUCAGCAACUUCUCAAUUUUGGUAUAAAGCUUACAUACAUUGGUUUUGGCACUAGGUAUCAAUCACCACAAAAAGAGUUGUAUAUUUGGAUGUGCUCUGCUAGCUAACGAGACUGAGGAAAGUUAUGACUGGGUGCUAGGGGUACUGAAGGAAGCAAUGAGGGACAAAGAACCUCGUACAGUUGUAACAUAUGGCGACAAAGCAAUGCGCAAUGCCAUUCAGAAAGUCUUUCCAGACGCAACUCAUCGUUUGUGUUCAUGGCAUAUUGCCAAGAAUAUUGUGAGUCGUUUCAAAAACCACAAAGAGUUCGAACCUGAAUGGCAGAAGUUUGUAUAUGCUGAUUAUGAGUAUGAUGAAUUUGAAGAAAAAUGGGCAGCAAUGGUGGAAAAGUUGUCGCUGCAUAAUUCUAAAUGGGUAUCGGAUUUAUUUGGAAGGCGAGGGGAGUGGGCUUACACGUACCUACGGACUUACUUCUUUGCAGGAUUGUCAACAACGUCAGUUUGUGAAGGACUUAACUCACAUCUUGCAAGGUUUGUAACUGAGGACCACAAUCUACUCGAGUUUUUUUAUCCAUUUUGAUCGUUGGAUAAAAGAACUAAGGGAAACUGAGGUGAAAUUAGAUUUUCAAUCCAGCUUUGGUUUACCCGAGAUAAAACAUACAGCCUUGAGGACUCUUGAAGAGAGUGCUGCUAGGGAAUUCAGCAAUAAGAUAUUUGGAAAAUUUCGAAAAGAGCUAGGCAAAGUUGAGGGUAUCAGGAAGAGAAAUGUUGAGAUAAAUGGAGUGUGGCACAAUUACCAGGUGACGUUGUUUGGCACAGAAAAGAUGUUCAAUGUCAGUUUUGAUGUUGAAACCAAGAAGAUGAAGUGCAGUUGUGCUAAAUUUGACUACAUGGGAAUUCCAUGUUGCCAUAUGCUCUCUGUGCUAAAGGAAGAGAACAUACCGACAGUGCCAGAAACUUUGGUAUUAAAAAGAUGGACAAAGAAUCCAAAGACAAUAGACGACAUGCAAGAGCAACAGAGUAUCGAUGAUCCUAGUCUAUUCAGUGUUAGGUACGGGAUGCUGCAGUACAGCAACUUUCGCUUUUGCUUUCUAGGGGCAAAUUCAUCCGAAACUUAUAGGUUUGCACAAAAAGCAAUGGAUAAUUUGUGUGACCAGUUAGCGACGAUGCAACAGAAUCCUAUUGAGGGAGGCACGAUCCCUAUACCAGAGGAAUAUAAAGGAGUAUUAGACCCAUUGAAGGUGCCAUAUAAAGGUGGUAAAACUGGAAAAGGAAAGUCUUUUGGUAAACAGAAACGAAAGUGCGGUAAGUGCGGACGAGAUGGCCAUUAUCAAAGCACUUGUACUAAUUCUCCUAGCAACUCACAUGAUGAUGAGCCAACUAACCAACCGGUAAAGGUAAAUUUUCUGGACAAAUCUUGUGUAUUUAAUUAGUUGGUAACCAUUUAUUCUUCUAUAAGUAUGGCACUAAAACCUAACUUUUUGUUAACGUAGAAGAAGCCAAAACAUAGUGCUACCAAGCAGGCUGAAAGUCAGCCCGAUAACAACAAUCCUGGCCAAAGAAAGGAAGCAGAAGAUGUUGAUGGUUUGGACGACGAACCUCAAAGGGUAAAUUUUGUGAAAUCUUAUGGGCUUACGAAACAGAUUUCAUUCAUCCUUGAUUUUGGUUGUUACAACAUUUCCAUUUUAUGUUACAGAAGAUUCCGACCACAAGAAGUGCUACUAAGAGAAAACAAAGCAGCACCAACAAG